CAAAAGCGAGACAUGCACACAAGAGAGGAGGGCAAACAGAGCCUAUAAAUGACCCACUGCUACUUUUAACAGCACAUUUUAUGUCACACUGCUGCAAUCUCGCUCUCCAUGGAAAAACUUGCUCAGCUCACGAAACAGCUCGAGAAAUCAACAAAGCCUGUUUAUUUUUCAUAAUUUUGCAGCCGAUGCUGAACACAUUUUGAAAACUACAUAAAGCAGAGAAACACAUAAGAAAAAGCUUUUGGAUCAUUUUGAUUUUGGCGUCUUUAUAAUCUAAAGCAGCCAUGGAUCCGGUUAUUGAAGUCGUUGCUUUAUUUCUUGGCUUUGUGAGUUGGAUAAUGGUUGGCAUUGCAAUUCCGAACCGUUACUGGAAAGUAUCCUCAAUAGAUGGGACUGUGAUCACCACCUCAACCCUUUACGAGAAUCUGUGGAUGUCCUGCGCCACGGACUCGCUGGGAGUGCACAACUGCCGUGAAUUCCCCUCUCUGCUCGCCCUGUCUGGUUAUAUCCAGGCGUCUCGCGCUCUUAUGAUCGCGGCAGUGGUGUCUGGCACAUUCGGAGUGGUGGCCACCCUCAUCGGUUAUAUCCAGGCGUCUCGCGCUCUUAUGAUCGCGGCAGUGGUGUCUGGCACAUUCGGAGUGGUGGCCACCCUCAUCGGCAUGCAGUGUUCGAAGGCCGCUGGUGACAACUACGUACUGAAAGGCAGAAUCGCCGGUACAGGUGGUGCAUUUUACCUGCUGCAGGGUUUAUGCACAAUGAUAUCAGUGUCAUGGUACGCGGCAAACAUCACUCAAGAGUUCUUCAACCCACUCUACCCUGGUCAAAAGUAUGAGAUUGGAGAGGGUUUAUACAUCGGCUGGGCCUCUGGUGUUCUUGCCAUCUGUGGUGGAGCUUGUCUCAUGUUCUCCUGCAAAUUAGGCACAAAGGAGAAGACUUACUACCAGCCCACACGUGAAACAGCUUACUCAGCAUCUGCAUCCAAGAGAGACGCUCAGAGCACUUAUGGAAGAAAUGCCUAUGUCUGAAUGAAGCAAUUCUGGUCAAUUUCAUGGCCAAACAAACGUAACAUUAAUAACUGACUGUUAAUAUUCUGUCAAUGUUUUAUCUGUGCAAUUAUAUAAUAUAUUUAUACAGUACUAAAUGCACAGGCAGUUUUGUGGCCACCUAAGAAUAAGCCAUUAAUCAAGUAAAAUGUUACCAAGUCGGUUUUGCUGUGCAAAAACACCUCAGAGAACAUUAUACAGAAUGAAAGAGUUGAAAUUACUUCAAUUUUGUUUUGAAUUUUGAAUUAUUUUGUC